UAAAACUUUUUAAAAAUAGCUAGACCUCGAUCUCGCGAUCUUUUUCCACAACUCGAGGUACAAAGUCUCGAAACAACGUCUCAACUUCACGGUUUGACCCUUAAAAACCCUCGAUGCGCGUAAAAAAAUCUGCAAUUGAAGCAGAAAAUCACGAAUUGUUGAUGAAAAUGAUUCUGUCAUUGAGAGAAUAACUAGAAGAUUCUAGUUGUUUCGGUGACCGAGGGGUUAUAUAUAAGUCCUGCGCAGUCUCUCGUGCGCAGCAUUAUUUUUUUGACAACAGAAGAGAACAGAAGUGUCAAAAGACAUUGUCUGAAAGGACAGUUGUUGUUGUGUUUGGAAGUGGUUGUUGACAAAAUUAUUGAGUACUUCGCUGGGUUGAACAUGAAUUUGGAUUAUGAUCCUUCGAUUCAGACUUUUGAGAGGUUCUGUGAGUGCCAGAGGGCUUGCGCUUGUGGACAGGGAACAGAGCACGAAUGGUCGUGGGAUGAAACCCUAGUGACGAGCACUGCUGAAUUAUCAGAACACAAUUUAGAGGUCAAGUUUCAUCCGGGGUACAGCAAUGGAACUGCUGCUGUCAGGGGGAAUCAGAUGCUGGACAAAGACCGGCAUCACUAUUGGGAGAUCAAGAUGCUGACUCCCAUUUAUGGGACUGAUGUGAUGGUUGGUGUAGGUACAGAGAAAGCCCAGCUGGAUGUGGGUGCUAAAUUCUGCUCCCUCCUGGGGAUGACGAAGGACUCCUGGGGCUUCUCCUACAAGGGUAGAAUCCAGCAUGCAGGUGAGUCUCGUAGCUACGCGACGCGCUUCGGCCAGGGGAGCAUUGUGGGGGUCCACCUGGACUCGUGGAGGGGAACCCUUCAGUUCUUCCUGAACCGCAAACCCCUGGGGAUCGCCUUCACUGGACUGAGGGGACACGAGCUGUACCCCAUGGUCUCCUCGACAGCAGCCAAGAGCUCCGUCAGGAUCACCCACAGCUGCUCAGUCCCAGCUUCACUUCAGAUGGGAUGUCUUGCCAUUCUGCGCCCUUUCCAGAAAUCUUACCUCAAUGCAGCCUUUCCUGGGCUCAAGUACCUCACCCAGAGCAUCUUUGCUGACGUUCUCAGAAUUAAUAGAGAUGACGAUGAUGAAGAUGAAUACGAGUUCCCUGAAGAGUACCUAAUCCUGGAUGAUUUUGACUUCGCUCUCGUGGGCUAUGGUAGGAGGAAAAAGAAACGUCUUGUUGCAUCUCCAGCGAGAGAACCUCUAGAAUUCUCUCCAUGAUAGUAAAUUCAGAAAUUAAUUUUUUCAAUUCUUCAUUUGGCAGUUAUAUGUCUUAUUUUAUUCGAUUUUUUUUAUUACAAACUCCGCACUUCUUGAGAAGUCUCACAUUAUUCAAAAUUUAUGAAUUAAUUGUAAAAUACUGAUUUUAUUCGCUGAGACUAUCAUGACUGGGUAUUAAUAAACCGAGAUGAAUCAUUCUAUGCUA